UUAAAACAACAAAAUUUUGCGCUUAAAGUGAAAAGUGAAAAGUAAAUAAGAAAAGUUGCAGAUAUUUCCGGGAAAUAAAUAAUAGCCGAAAGUGCUUGAGACAACGGUAAACGCUUUCAUCUACGGUUGAGAGGCUAAAAUAAAAAGAUUUUGCUUGGAAUUUCUCAACUUGCGGUAUUAACACUAUAAUCGGGAGCACUUCACUCAAAAAUUAACUCAACUUCUAAUAACUGCGGAGAGACAAAGUGUUAUUAAUGCGGACAGAGCUCAUGAACAUUUUCGUAAUUUGUGAAAAUAUCAAAUUUAAGUAAAAUAAAAUAAGUGUUGAAAAAUGUGCAGGAAACGUGCCACAACAGCAAUUCUGCUGUUUGUGCUGACCAUCCUAAUGGGCAGCUAUACAACACGGGGUGAGCAGCAUCCAGCGACGGCGGAUGAAGGCCCUCUCUCGGAGGUACAAACAGCCAUCGGCUUGGAGGUGGCACUACCAUGUGACCUCAUGCCUGGCACAAUGACCGCUGAUAAAGUACAAUUGGUCAUUUGGUAUCGGCAGGGCAAUGUGAAGCCAAUUUAUACCUUCGAUGCUCGCGGUCGUCCACUUCAUCAAGCCAUACCCUGGGCGGAUGAGAAUGUCUUUAAGAAUAAAGCGCAUUUCUACUAUGACACAAAUCCACCAGCACUGCGUAUUAAGAAUAUACAGUUAGGCGAUGCGGGGCUUUAUAAAUGCCGUGUGGACUUUCAUAAAUCACCGACGCGCAAUUGGCGCAUUAAUGUAACAGUUUUAGUGCCGCCCACACGCUUAACCAUAUUGGAUCACAAUGGCGCUGAGAUACGCGACCAAUUGGCCGGCCCCUAUUUGGAGGGCGAGAGCGUUAAUCUGACUUGCCUGUCCAGUGGCGGCGUGCCACCGCCGCGCGUCUCCUGGUGGCGUGAGCAUGCUCUCGUCGACGAUUCAUUUCAUGUGCAACCAGAUGGUACCGUUCGAAAUAUACUACAUUUGAAAAAUAUCGAACGGAAGGAUUUGCUAACGGUUUACACGUGCCAGGCGAGUAAUGGACAUGUUGUGGCGGCUUUGACGAAAAAAGUUGUCUUGGAUAUGAAUUUACCACCGCUCAGCUUGCUGCUGCAAGGUCUCAACCACGCACUCAUCGCCGGUACCCGAACGCAUGUGACCUGCACUGCUGUUGGGGCGCGACCAGCGCCACAAAUUGUUUGGAAAAAGGCGGGUCAGAUACUCAAAGGCGCAACACAAUCGACUUCCAGUGAUGGCAAUACAACUGUCUCCGAAUUGAUGCUCAUACCGGUGCCCGAGGAUAACGAACGUCAAGUAGUCUGCUCCAUUUCAUUAAAUCCAUCUAUAACAUCGCAGCAACUACACGAGGGCGAUAUGACGGUGUUGACGGCGCAGAGUAAUGGCAAUAUGGGAUUGUACUUGAAGGAUUCGCGCGUGCUGAAUGUGACACACGCACCCAUUGUCUCACUCCGCUUAGGCGCACCUUUGGAUCCGAACAAUCUGCUUAAGGGCUCUGAUGUCUACUUGGAAUGCGAUGUGAAGGCGAAUCCGGGCAUAACUCGGGUCGAGUGGUAUCACAAUGACAAACAACUUCAUCUCUCACGCGGCGUGAUUCUCUCUAAUCAAACGCUUGUACUGCAAGGCAUUUCAAAAAUUUCUCACGGUCAAUAUUUUUGUCGCGCUACAAAUAUACAAGGCAGCGUGUCCAGCAAUGAGGUCUAUUUGGAUGUGAAAUAUCCGCCAGUAUGCAAAGCCGAGUCGACAACCAUACGCGCCGCCCUCAAACAGACCAUAAACAUUACGUGUCAAGUGGACUCAAAUCCACUUGAUAAUCUAAAUUACAGAUGGCAUUUCAACAAUUCACUGGAGAGACUCAUCGAAUUGCCCGCAACGAUGGCGUCGGCUUUGGCCGCCAUGCCGCUACUGCUGUAUCCGGAUGUUGGCGUCAGCGGGCAGGCAGGAGCAACAGCUGGAGGACACAUAUCCGGCGGAUAUUAUCAGCGUAGCAAGCGGAAACAUGGUCAUGCGCAAAAAUUUCUGCUCGGUCGGCAUGGACGUGUUGCGGCUGCGGCGAGUGUUUUGGGUGGCGGCGGCGGUAGCGGAAGCGCGUGGUCCAACAUACGUUUCGAAGAUGUUGAAGAGCAACAAAUUGCGCCCACUCAAUAUGUCGAUGAGUAUGAUGAUGGUGAAUUUAUGGACAACAGCAACAACAACAACGCGAAUAUCAUCAAUAAUAACGAAAAUGAUGAUGACGAUCACGAAAGGACAGAGGACGGGUUGUCUGAGGAUGAGCCACACACGCAGAUGGUUUAUUCGAACAUGAUUUAUAAAAAUCAUUUGGAUAAUCGUCAGCAACAACAACAACAGCAGCUGGCACAUACGCAUCAGCAACAACAACAAUUAUCAGCACAUCAAUUACAACAAGGCCGCAUGGCAGGCGGCAGCAGCGGCGGCGUUGGAGGUGGAGGUGGAGUUGGUGGUUUGGUAUCGGCGAGCUCUAGUCAUGAUAUGCUACCACAUAGCAAUCAAUUUCAGUUGGCCGAACGCAAACGCCUAACGGCUGCCCUACACAAAAAACAACAUCACCGCCCCCUGGGCGCUGCAUCGAUGACCACUCAGUCACCACUGGCGCCACCGCUCAACAAUGUCUACAGCUACCACAUAGACUCGUACGAUAGUUUCGGGGCGAUCUCAUGUGUGGCGAGCAAUGCGAUGGGGCACAGCGAGCCCUGUUGGUAUCACAUACAGCCCGCAGACCUGCCAGAUCCCGUCAAGAACUGCACCGCCUACAAUGCUACCGCUAACUCCAUACAAAUCCAGUGCAUCGCGGGCUACGAUGGUGGCAUACCACAACACUUCCACGUACAGGUCAAGGACGAACUCACCAACCAAAUACUCUACAACACUUCCUACAAAUACGCCGAGUUCACCGUGAAACGUCUGCCCAGCGACUCGGUAUUUGUGAUACGCAUAACGGCAGUGAAUAUGCAGGGUCCAAGUAAAGCUUCAUUUCGUGUGCGUGGACGUACCCUCUCAGCGCCGCUGCUGCGCACAGCUUCAUCCACCGCUGUUUUAGUACAAUUAACACCGUUGCUGGGCGCUCUGCUCGGCAUCGUUGGCACGGUCAUGUUGAUCGCUAUUUGUAUUGUGAUUUUCCUGCGUGUACGCCCGAAAAAUACGCGUCGUCCGAAUGGUGAUACAACCACAACAGAGGCGGAUAAGGGCAGCGCAGAGCCGCUGUCGCGCAAUAUGGGCAGUCACUCGAGUUUGGAGGAUAAAAACCCAGAUGUAGUGCCGCAAGAGACAAAUAGCGAGGAUGAGUUCCAUUUGGAGGAGAAGGCCUUCGAUCGGCUGAAUAUAGAGUCACAGCGCAUACUCUAUACGCCACCCUCGCCACCGCCGUCGCUGUCGCCCACAUUCGGCAAGCAGUACGGCGAACUCUCGCUCACCACCAAUCCCGCCUUUAGCCUCUACAACACACCCCAACGUGCGCCGGCAGCCCAACGUCCCGUCUAUACGGCGCCACCGCCGCUGCUCUCCACACGUACGCCACCCAAUAUCUACACACGCAUACCCGGCCGCUCUUAUCUGCCCGCCUACGAGACGCGCACCUCACCCACCUCGCCCUACGGCUCGACCACAACUUGCGCCAUACCGUUGCUCAGCGGUCAAUCGAAUGGCUCUUUACAGACGAACAGCAGCACCUUGGGCAGCAGCUCGGGCGGCGGUCUCGGCAUGGGCGGUGGCAGUCUCACUAGCAACGCCAGCAGCGGCAUGCAUUGUAAUACAUUACCCCAUCCGGGCGCUGCUAUGCAGCAUCACAGCAGCGCCGUAUCCCACUCGGCAGCAGCCGCAACAGCGUUGACAUCAAUGCCGACCAAUGGCAUACCCACAGCGCUCACCACAUCGAUGACAUCGGGGAAUAUUAGUCUAGCCGCAACACAAACGUUGCUUACAUCGCCGCGCACGCACAAUGUCGCAGCGGUGGGCGGUAAUUUGAAUAUGGGCAUGUCCUCGGCCGCAGCAGCAGCAGCAGCGGUGGCGGCUGCAGGCAAUGGCAUGUCAGUUACUGCAACGACGACAACGAUGGGCGGUGGUGGCAUGCCGCUACUCAACUCAUCGUCAGCGCUUCUGGGUAGCGGCAACUAUGAGACAGUGGCCUCCUGAGAAUUACCGAAAGAUGACAUUAAAUGUCAAUUUGUAUGCAUCGGUGGGAGUAGUACGUGUACGAGCAAUGCGGAGCGUACAACAAUCGUUUAGUCUGGGGACCGAGAACUUGCAGAACGCUGGUAGGUAGCGGACGUUGAGAGAUAUGCUGUAAUUUAGGCAAUGUUGUAAAUAAAUUGUAAAUUCAAACAUUUAGUAACUAAGCAAGUGCGGGUGUGACAGUGAAAA